AUGGAAAAAAUCAGAUCUAUAGUUAGUGGUGAAAAGAACGUAACCCAUGAAAUUAACGAAAAAGAAGAACCAAUUGAUGCUAUAGGUAGUUCAACUGGGAUUGAUCUUGAAGGUAAAAAAAGUUUUCAAGAUCUUGAUAUUGUUUGCUCAAAAUCCCAGGAAUUUGAUCCUGUCACAUCCCACUUAAUCAAUGAUAUCAUUGAAGAUGAAUAUGCUGCUGUACAAGUCGAAGAUGAUUCUCCAUAUCCAGAAGUUAGAGCUGCUGUCCCAUCAACUGAUGAUCCAUCUUUGCCACAAAACACAGUCAGAGCUUGGGUUCUUGGUCUCAUUUUAACAACUAUUGGUUGUGGUAUGAACUUGUUAUUCAGUUUCCAUAGUCCUUCAUUUGCUAUUACCACUUUUGUUACAUCCAUUUUAGCUUGGCCACUUGGUAGAUUUUGGGCCUGGUGUAUGCCAAAUUGGAAAAUUUUUGGUGUUUCUUUAAACCCUGGUCCAUUUAAUAUUAAAGAGCAUGCUAUUAUUACUAUUAUGGCCAACGUCUCCUUUGGUGGUGGUGCUGCUUAUGCCACUGAUAUCUUGCUUUCACAAAACAAGUUCUAUAAUUCCGAUUUUGGUUGGGGUUAUGCAUUAUUGCUUAUUUGGAGUACUCAAUGUAUUGGUUUUGCCUUUGGUGGUUUGAUGAGAAGAUUUGUUGUUGACAGUCCUUCUGCCAUUUGGCCCCUGAACUUGGUUACUGUUACCUUUUUGACUAACAUGCAUAUUAAUGAAAAUCACGUAGCAAAUGGUUGGAAAAUCUCACGUCUUGCUUUUUUCCUGGUUGUUUUCGUUGGUUCUUUUGUCUGGUACUGGUUCCCAGGUUAUAUUUUCCAAGCUUUAUCAUACUUCUCAUGGAUUACUUGGAUUAAGCCAAAUAAUGUCAUUAUUAAUCAAAUUUUUGGUUCCUCUUCUGGUUUGGGUAUGAUUCCAAACAAUAUUGCUUUGGAUUGGAAUCAAAUUGCCGGUUAUAUUGGUUCACCAUUAAUCCCACCAGCAAGUGUUAUUGCCACUAUUUUUGCAUCCAUUGUUAUUAUCUUCUGGAUAGUUGUUCCAGCUGUUCAUUAUUCCAACACUUGGUACGCACAGUAUUUGCCAAUCUCAUCAUCUGGUUCCUACGAUAGAUUCCAACAAAGUUAUAAUGUUUCCCGUAUCAUCGACCCAAAAACUUUAUCCUUCAAUGAGCAAGCCUAUAAAGAGUACUCACCAUUGUUUUUAUCAACUACCUUUGCCAUUUCAUAUGGUUUAUCAUUUGCUUCUAUUUUGGCCACUAUCACUCACACAAUCUGUUUCCAUGGUCGUGAUAUCAUUGAUCAAUUCAAAGUUCAAGAGAAGCCAGAUGUUCACAACCGUUUAAUGAAGGCUUAUAAAUCUAUUCCUGAAUGGUGGUAUGGUAUUGUCUUUUUGAUUUUCUUUGGUAUGUCAAUUGCUGUUGUCCGUGCUUGGGACACCGAAAUGCCUGUUUGGGCUUUAAUUGUUGCUCUUCUUAUUGCUGCAUUCUUUUUACUUCCAGUUGCUGUUAUUUAUGCCAAGACUAACAUUGCUGUUGGUUUGAAUGUUAUUAGUGAGUUCAUUGUCGGUUAUGCUGUUCCAGGUAAACCAAAUGCUAUGUUCCUUUUCAAAACUUUCUGUUAUAUUACUAAUGCUCAAGCAGUUACUUUUGCCCAAGAUUUGAAACUUGGUCACUAUAUGAAAAUUGCACCAAGAGGUUUAUUCUGGGCCCAAUUUAUUGCUACUGUUUGGGGUUCCUUAGUUCAAGUUGCUGUUUUGAGAUGGGCUUAUGGUGCCAUUGAUGAAUUAUGUCUGCCAACACAAAAGAACCAUUACACUUGUCCAAAUGGUAGAGUCUUCUUUAAUGCUUCUAUUAUUUGGGGUGUUAUUGGUCCACAACGUCAAUUUUCUCAUGGCCAACUUUACUACGGUUUAUUAUUCUUCUUUAUUGUUGGUGCUGUUACUCCAAUUAUUAAUUGGUUAAUCUUAAAGAAAUGGCCAAACUCUCCAGUUAAAUACUUGCAUUGGCCAGUUUUCUUCUCUGGUACUGGUUAUAUUCCACCAGCUACUCCAUAUAACUACACUUCUUAUUGUGCUGUUGGUUUAGCCUUUGGUUGGUGGAUCAAAAAGAAGUGGUUCCAUUGGUGGAGUAAAUACAACUACUCGUUGUCUGCUGGGUUGGACAUUGGGUUAGCUUGGUGUUCAUUAAUUAUUUUCUUGUGUUUGGCAUUGACAAAUACUGAUUUCCCAUCUUGGUGGGGUAAUGAUGUUGUUAUGACUACUUUAGAUUCUGCUGUAAGCACUAAUGUCAGAGUUUUAUUAAAAGAAGGGGAAGCUUUUGGUCCUUCUUCUUGGUAA